AUGACGCGGAUCGUGGCACCAGCGCCUCCAGGUCAUCAACGGGACGCACGGUCCAGAGGGGCUAGCAAUCUUAGAGUUCGUGACAGACCAGCUUCAAAGCCGAAGCGACGACCACCACGGCGUGGAACAAGUACACAGGACCCUGGUUCAGAUACUACAUGUUCAGAUGCAGAAGGGUGUCAGCGAUCAAGAACUCCGACAGAUUUCGAGCAAAACUCUGACGGAGAGUACGAAGUUUUUGUGGCAGAAGGAGCGCCCAUGCCAUCUAUUGCACAGCGUGACAAAUAUGUAAGUUGUCGUCCUGUACCUGGUGGGAUGCGUUUAACAUUGCGGCGGGCAGAGGAGCAAAGCCGCUUCCUUGAUGUCAAGGGAACUCUGGAAGAACUUGAAGAGGCAGUGCCAGAAGUCGAUGAGGAUUGUCUCGAUGAUGAGCCUUCCACGAAGCCUGUGUGGCGAUGGCGUGGAGGUACCGGUCCAAAACGACGGCAAUCAGUGCCACAAAGAGGUCCUAGAGGUGAGUUUAGCCAAGCAGCUUGGCCAUAUGGCCCCAGAAGAGUGUCAUUAGAAAGACCUCAUUCUGCACAAUAUGCGAAAGAUGUUCAUCGCAAAUCUCCUUACACCCAUGCACGACCAGCAUCCGCAAAAGCAGCCCUGGUAACUCCUCCCAGACCACCUUCUGCCAGAAAUACUCGGCCACCUGGAAGGCCCAAGCCCAGGCCCUUGAGGCCGGCAUCAGCACCAUCAGUCAGACCUCCUUCCAGGCCAUCCUCAGGGCAUCCGGCCGUUUGCCCAUCUUCAGCCCGGCCGGCCUCGGGACCCUCGGGACCCGCUCGCCCAGAUUCCGCACGGCCGGCGUCAGCUCGGCCGGCAUCCGCGACAAGCUCUGCACAACCUGAUUUGGAAGGCAAUUGGACCCGGCCAAGUUCGGGGAUUUCCGGGAUCUCAGAAAGACCCCAAGAGAUUCCCAGCCAGUUGCGGCCGCAAUCUGCGCCAGUUUUCAAAGGGCAUUCAAAGGAUGUUAGCCACUUCGAGGGUGAUUCUGUGUGCAGCCAGCCAGCUGGCCGGAGCAUUCUGUUCCAGCAGCAGGACUUCUUGGAGAAACAAUUGGCUGAGAACCACGGCAAACUCAACCAGUGUUUCACGACACUGAUGCAAAACUGGGUUAGUUCCUACCAGAAGAGCCGUCUGCGUGCGCGAAUGGCCUGUCGACCACUUUUUGGAGAAGGCAGCGAUGCAACGUUCACGUUUCCCAAGACCUUUGCACCAGUGCCACCGCCACUGACAAAACCCAAGAAGCGGGACUUGGACGAGGAAAUGCGACAGCUGGAGAUAGCUCUGGAAGGUUCUGCUUCCGGAGAGGCUGAGGAUGAUGAUGUGAGGCCUCUCGAGAGUGUCAAAACAAUUGCAGCAGGAAGGCGCGGAGCCCUGCAAACGCCACUUGACCCAGGCCAACUGGAUCUCACCGGUACGAUUGGCAAGAAGAUUUCUACGCACUCUCAAGCCGAGAGCAAGGUCCACGCUGUUCGAACCCUUCCUUAUGAGACUCCGCGCGGUGCAAUGACCCCUUGUGCCUCAACUGUGUUCAACAACCUGUCCAUGAGAGAACCAUCAGUUGGAGGAGGCACGGAAGGCACCUCUGUCUCCGGCCUGGAAUUAUCAGAGGGUAGCAACUUGCUCUCACCUGUCUUUGGGAUGAUGCCCAAGAGAGACGCUCUGGAAAAGGUGUUUCAGCGUGUUGCAGACGAUGGCGAGGUGCACAAAGAUGUUCUAUGUCAGAGCUUGGAGCUUCUAGGCAUCCGCCACAUCAAGCAGGAAUGGGUCGUGAAGAUCUUGUCCACCGUCACCAGGUUUACAACCCUCAGCUUCGAGGAAUACACGGUUUUUGUCCAUGCCUACAUCGACCUGCAAAGCAGGGAGUACGAGAAUGCCUUCUUUGAACUGGACAAGGAUGGCUCUGGUACCAUUGAGGCCGAGGAGAUUGGCAAUCUCCUGCGUAGCAUCAAUGUGACUCCCAUGGAGCAGGUGAUCGUUGAGCUGACACAAGAGUUUGAUGCAGACAAUUCCGGGGAUAUUGGACUGGAGGAGUUCUGCAGGCUGCUGGCGGUGAUCAACGAGCGUGAAGGCUUCAGCAAGUCCGAAUACGACCGGGCCAACCCGGCUGGUUUGAAGCCACACGUUGUUCGCGAGUCGCUGUCGCAGCCAUGGCUACCAUGCAACUGCGGCAACGCUGGCGAUGCGGUGCCCAUCGAUGAAGUGAGGUGUGAUGGAGACCGAAUGGAAGGCCAAAACUGGGAGAAUUUCACUGUUGAACAUGAGUUGGCGUCUCAACCUGAUCUGGACAAAGAGAUCGUGGAGAAACGAUGGAACCAGUUGCACCGGAAGAAUGCCAAGUUGGUUCACCAGCACAUUCUAAAAUACAGGGGCUUCCUUACCAAGUUCGGUCAAGCCGCCUCAACCAAAGCUGGAAGCUUACCAGCACCAUGGGUUGAAGAGCUUCGCGAUUUGCAGGAUGAGCUUCCCAUCUCGAACUACCAGGAAGUUGUGCGGACGAUCAAAACCGACUUGGGGAGACCUUUAGAAGAAACUUUCCGUGAUUUUGGACAACGACCCAUUGCGUCGGCGAGUGUGGGUCAGGCUCACAUGGCAUGGCUCCGGAGCUCUGGUCAGAAGGUCUGCGUGAAGGUCCAGCACCAUGGAGUUGGAAGUUUGAUGAAGACAGACCUUGUGACCAUCGAGUUUAUUGCGGCCAAGAUGAUGAAACUCCACAAGGGCGCUCCAGAUUUUACUGACCUGAUUCGCGAAUGGCGUCGCGCAGCCGUGGAGGAAGUGGACUUCCAGCUGGAAGCAAAGAAUGCCAUGCAAGCGGCCAAUGCCUUGAGACGGCACUCGGUGGACGUGACCUGUCCUGAGCCUAUGCUGAAUUUGUGUUCGCGGCGGGUGCUAACCAUGGUCUUUAUCGAGGGCUGGAAGAUCACUGACCUGGAUCGGAUGCCAUAUGGGGCAGAUCGGGAGGGACUGGCGCGGAAUUUGGUUCAUGCCUUUGCUCUGCUAGUCUUUCAAGAGGGCCUCAUUCAUGGAGAUCCACAUCCAGGAAAUGUGUUUGUCGAGCAAGUACCCGGUGGUGAUGCAAAGCAGGUGCGGCCUGUUUUGUUGGAUUGGGGAAUUGUCAAGCGCCUCAGCCACGAAGAGAGACUUGCAGCGGCCAAGUGGAUCAUCAGUGUGUUGGCACAAGACCGGCAGCUCCACAUAUCCAGCUUGCUUGACCUUGGCUUUGAGUUUGAUGCUGACCCCGACUUGCCGGAGUUUGCUACCUUCAUUGAAGCUUCCAUGAGCCAAUGCGCCUUCCUGUUCCGGGACUCAAUCCCAAGCAGUUCGCAGAUCCAUUUCUUGCAGCAGAUGAAUGAACACCAAGAACGAGCUGAAAAUCAAGAAAAGGAUGGAAAGGACGGAAAGGAUCAGAGCAAAUUGAUUGGAAAGGUGCCUGGUGUGGUUCUGUUUUUCCUUCGUGGUUUGGAGAUGCUUCAAAACAUCUGUGGCAUGUUGGAGGUCACCGUACCCUUCGCUACGAUUAUGCUGGAGAACUGCAUGCCACUCCUUGCAAGUCGAGGUUCCUGGUCGCCAGCUGUAGCUCUUCCGGGUCCUCCAGGUCAAAGUGUUUUGGAGCAAAAGGUGCGUGCCAAGCUCAACGACCUGGACCGCAAAGGAUUGGUGUUGGGCGCGCAGGUGGCCGUGUGGGAUCGUCGCUUGGGCACGCGUGGUGAAUUCUUGUGCUCCGCGGCUUGUGGUCGCCUGGGUGUUUGCCAAGGGGUUCCCAUCUCAGAUCAAACGGUCAUGCCUCUGAUGAGUCUGAGUGCUGGGCCUUUGCUGCACUGCCUCCUCCGAGCACUUUCGCACCCGACAGCCCAAGGCAAGCAGGUGUCUUUCAACACCUCCAUCUCCAAAAUUUGGCCAGACUUCUCCCAGCGAGGGAAAACUGCGACCAUCGGGGAUGUGUUGCAGCACCAGGCUGGGCUGGCUAAGCCAUUUCCCAGCGAUAUGUCCAUCAAAGCCUUUUGUAGUGAAACGAGAAUGGAAGAAGCCAUUGCAUCGGCACCUUUGUGCCCCGAAGAUGAAGGUCUCUGCCCAGUAUGGGGCGAUGCUCUGGCUGCACUGCUGAAGCGCAUAGUUGGCCGUAAGUCCACACAGGAUGCCCUCACUCAGACCCUGGGGUCGAUGGCAGGUGAGAUCACAUACCGAGCACCCACCAACUGCCACACAGCCUUUGCUGGAAGAAAGCCGCAGGAGCGAGUCACCAUGCAAAGCAUCUAUGAGUGGUUGGAGGAGAAGGUGGAGAGUCUGGAUUCCAUGGCCCACAACAACAACAGCUCCACCGUCCGCCGCCGGUGGCUUUCGGAGACCGAGCUAGCAGUUGAAAGGCCGUGGAUGACCGACCCGAUGAUCCUGAACCGAGAGGCGUUGCUUAUUGGCCACAGCUGUUUGGCCGGCCGCGGCUUGCGGGCCUCCGCCAAGACACUUUGCAGGAUGUUUACGGCGGACCUGGUGCCAGCAGAAAUGUUGGCAAAAAGUUUGGAGCCUGGAAGGGAGGUGAAAUUCCGCACCUUGCAGCAGUGGUGGGAUUCUGUGGGAGCACCACAGCGCGCUCUGGGUGGUUGGCAGCUCUUCCCUUUCAAGACAAAGAAAGAAGAGGUGCAAGGCUACGGAUUUUCAGAUGGCGCCACAGGCUCCAUGGUCCUCCGCCUGCCUGAAGUUACCCUCGCGAUCCUGUUAUCUUCCUGUUCGCCUAAGACACGUCAUGCUGGCCGGAGUCUGUUGGAGACCAUUUGCGCCGAGCUGGGCUUUGAGGUGGGCUGGCCUGCCGAACCACCUUCCCUACCCAAGCGGCCGGGCGGAGCGGCCAAGAACCUGUCAACCAAGAGCGAGUCGAGCAAAGCAGCGGAUGGCAGGAGGCCAGAUGACUUGCAGCAGGAGCUGGCGAAGGUCGAAGCCAAAGUGGCUAAACUUUCUGAAGUCUUGGAAUUGCUUUUGCCAGGUGCAAGUGAGGCAAUUUGUGGAGUUUCACCACCAUCAGCAGUUCCACAACGUCCACAACGCACAAUGGCAGGGUUUUGGCUUAGUGAUGAGACUGAGGGCUUGGAGUCUUUGCUGGAAGCUCUGCAGGUACCUGCCAUGAUGCGCUCCAUGGCAUCCGCUGCGCAGCGAAGUCUCCAAAUCGACAUUGAAGGAAAUGAAGUGCAAAUCUCUUCGACUACAUCUAUGCUUGGGCGUCAGCUAGAGGAGACAACGACCAGAUUUCAAGUUGGCAGCUCCUUCAGCGGUGAACAAGCGCUGGGCGGUGCGUUCACUGCCAUGGCAUCUUGGAUCGAGGACAAAGAGCCUCAACAGCCAGCCAGCCUUCACUUGGUCAAGCAGUUUGCAACAGAAGGUAUCCAGUUGGAUGAGUUGUUCUUCCUUCAGCAAGAUAGCCGCCUCGCCUUGACGACUACCUUGAGUAGUAGUCAGCACCAGUUUGAGGAUCGUAAAGUUGAGCUUCAUCGCCAAGAGGAGUUGGAGGCUUUCUGCGCCGAACUGGGUGAGGACCUGAUCCUGAAACGGCAACUCUCCUUGCCGGGGGCCAUCAAAGCCUUGCCGGGCGGCAGCCGCGUAACUGGGCUUGGCCCUGUGGGUGCUGAUGCAGCAGAUCAGGAAGGCCCCACGCUCACAGAUCUGAAAAAGAUCCAGCUGCCUACAUCUGUUUUCCUCUGUGUGGAAGCCAUUAGGAGUACCACCUACUUUUCCAAGGAGGGAGGUUCAGAGGGCAUCGGGGAGAGCGUGCCUUCGGAGCUGCUGGAGUCCCUUCCGCCAGAGAUCAGAACGGCCUUGGCGGAACGGCAGGAGGCUUAUCAAGCAUACCAGAGUCCUUCUCCAUCUUCAGCUGCCUCGCCACUCACUGUGAUGAAAGCACCUUCUGCAGGUCCCAAGUCUGCUCCCAAGAUAGAAGCCGCAAGAGCAUCAAGAGCGUCCUUCUUCUGGACAGCUCUUGGCGUGGCUUCAUGGGCUGCAUGUAGUGCCUUGGGGCAGGCUGGAAAGCUGACGACCCGCGCCUCACUGUACGUUUGUCAAGCGGCAUGUCAAGAUCCUUGGCUGAUUGUCCUGGCUGCUGUGGAAGCUGUGCUGUCCUACUUCAAUGGGGCCGAGGCUCCCAACCUGUGCCCCUUGCCAUCCUCCAUUCUUCGACCAAAAGCUGCAGAGGACGAGUACGUGAUCUCGGUGGACAGAACGAUGGGCCAGCGGCUGGGGCUGCGGGUGGACAAGGAAGAUGGAGAAGUCUUCAUUCUCGAAGUGCAGCCUGGAUUGGUUCAGGAAUGGAAUGAGGCUAAUCCUGACUGCCAGGAGCUGUGCAAAUCCUGUCAGCCAUUGGAGAUGAAGCUGCGGCGUGAGCCUCCAGAGCCCGAGUCACCUGAGAAGGUGAAAGCCCAGGAGGCCAUGGCCGUGAACAAGGCUGACUUCCGGGAAGCCCUGGAGAAAAGGGAUGAGCACAAGGCCGAGGACAAAGUUGAAGAAACUUCCGUCGGAGGUGACCAGGUGCAGGCUGCAGCGGCGAGCUCGCAGGCACUGGAAAAGCUCCAACUUCCAAAAGUUCCAGAACCCUCUGAGUCCAGUGCCGCUUCUUGUGGACCAUUGAGACGGCAACAGAGGGAGCAUCGGCGAGAAGAAGCACCGAGCAGCUCCGAAAAGUACCGGUGCCGAAGAGACGAGCCGAAGGCAUUGGUCCUUGAGGACCCAGUGGUUGGUGCUACCUUUGCAGACCCCCGCUUCAGGCAGCAGAAGCUGGGCAUCAUCGCUUUCUCCAGACUGGAUCCAGACCUGUGUCCUUUAAGCCAACUUUGUCGGGCCCAGGUUCUGUCGAAUGCCUUUGACCUGGGAAGGGCCGGCCUGGUCCUGGCUGCACCUUGCAGCCGAUCUUCCUCAAGGUUCCGGAACGCUGAGGCAGCCUAUCAAGCUACAUGGAACUGGCCCUUGUCUGGUUUGUUCCAGGAGCUGGGUCCAGUAGCGGCGAUUCGCAAAGUUCAGCGCUUUGGCACUUACCGGGACCAAACACGCGGUGGUUUUGUGAACAGUUGGCGUGCGAUGCGGGCAGUUCUGGAAGCCAAAUUUGCACCAAAUUCUGCCGUGGCAGCUGUGCUGCUCAAGUCUGGGGAUGCCUUCUUGUUGGACACAGGUGAAGCACUUCAGUCAGACCCACCCUUGGAGGACAUGCCGGAGAAUUGGAUCGGCCUUCUCCUCAUGAUUGUCAGAGAUAAGCUCUCGAAAAGCACGGCCUGGACCGAGUACAUUCAGAACGUUUGUGACUUGGAGAAUGGGAAGGGCAGCAAAGCUUCCCUCACAUGGCAGGCAGAUGUUCAGUUUAAGAAGACCUUCGACAUCUUCACAGACGAAUUUGGUGCUCUGGGCACAGAUGCAGUUUUGGGCAUGUUGGGCUAUUUGAGCUACGAAAUGAGUCCAGAGGUGGUGCAAAAGUUGGUGGUUUCAGUGGAUGUGGACCAAAGCGGCACUUUGAAUUUCUCCGAGUUUUUGUUCUUGAUGAGGAAAGUUCAUGAACGAGAAGUGCAGCGAUUGGAGGAUGAGCUUCGGCGCCUGACGCGCGGAAGUGCGUCAGACAGAGAGGAUCUUUUGACGAGUCUGCUGCGGGUCUUGGGCUACGUGCCGGAACAGGAGGCCAUCCGAGAUGCCGCUGCGGACAGCAACAUAAGCCUUGGAGCCAUCAUGCCUCGACGGGGUAGCGCCCAACACAUCAACUCAUCGACCAGAGGGUCGCUAGCAGAUGAAGCGAAGUCUUUACGGCUGCUGACGGUUGGAGGACAAGUGACAACGACCCAGAAACUGCUCACCAUCGGAGAAGCCUACCGUUUCCUGGAGGUCUACAGGAGACGCGAAGGCUUCACAAGAGCCGAGGCGAACGAACUGAAGGGGUUAUUUGAGAAGUAUGCCCAUGAGUCUGAGCAUGAGAAACGCAUCAGCUGCUUGGAUGCUGGUCGAAUACUGAGUCGUUUGGGCUACAAAUCCACACACAAUGAGCAUGAGUUGCUCUUCACUGAGGUCGACAUUGCUUCAGCUGGCGAUAUCAGCCUUCCCGAGUUCUUGAAGCUUGUUCGCAAAUAUCGUCAAAAAGAACUUGAUCAGAUCCGGGCCUCGUAUCUAAAGCUAGGAAUUGUAGGAGGUGCUGCUGCUUCUUCCUGCUUUGAUGGUCGCCAAGUGAUGAAGCAAAGCAUGAACUUUCUCGGGAUGCGUGAUCCAACGGAGUCAAUGUCAAUUGCGCGAUCGAGAACCGAAAAGACUCCUGCCCAAAGGAUGAAGGAUGCUGAAGAUGCUAGGUACGGUAUAUUGCAGACAGCUGUGGCGAAACGCAAUCAGUUGAGGGUCCUGGCGCGGCAGCACCAUGGCUUUGAUACCACUGAAGUGCAGAUGCUGCGAUCAAGGUUCACGGAGCACGAUUCGGAUGGCAGCGGUUUGGUCCAAGCAUCUGAGUUACGCACCUUGUGUCAGGACCUCUUGCCGGAGAUGGCUACUGAUCCAAAGUAUCGACCAGAGCUGAUCCGGCUGCUCAGAGAGGCGGAUACGUCGGGUGAAGGCCGAAUGAGCUUCACCGAGUUCCUGGGCUUGGCACGUGACUUGGAAGAUGGCGUCAGGAAAGAAAAGAGUCGCAAGGAGCAGCAAGCACUGGAUCAGUUGCCGUUCACUCGUGCACAAGUCAAAGGCUUUCGGGAGAUCUUUGUGGAGAAUGACUUGGAGCAAAGAGACUCGAUGACUUUUCCGACGGUCGCCUCUCUUCUGAAUACUCUUGUACCUCUGGGCGAUCGCAGAGUGCAGCAGCUCGCUGAGCUCUUCCAGAAGUAUUGUCAGAGCUUCCAAAGCACUCCAGACAUGGAGGAGUGGACGAUGGACUUUCCAGACUUUCUCAAGCUGAUGAACGCUGUGUUGGACGUCGAUUUUUGCGGAAUCAAGGCAAAGAGUUCUCAAAUCGCGGCUGACUUGGAGCGUGCAAAAGAAAAGGAAAAAGUCAGGCAGAAACAGUGCUGGCCUUAUUUGCUCCCUCUUUGUAGGCUUGAAGAGUAUGAGUAUGCAUUUUAA